CAUUUGUUUUUUAUACUUAUUCCAAAACAUACUUACUACCUGUCUUUGAGUUUUCACUAUCCGAACUUUAUUUAUAAAUUAUUAUGCAUGUUACAUAUACUCCCUCUGUCCCAUUUAUAUUGACCUGUUUUACCUUUUCGGAAAGUCCCACUUAAAUUGUCACAUACCAUAUUUGGUAAAGUUUGUGUGGCUCUAAAUCAUUCUUACUUUAUUCUUACUUUAUCAAUUAAUAUCAACCACACAAACCCACUUUUCUUAAUAAUCGUGUCACCCUUUUCCGUCCCAAUAUAAAUGGGACGAAGGUAGUAUAUGCUAAUUUACUUUCAUUUCACACAAUCAAGUACGGAGUAACAUUUAAAAAAAUUGUUGUAUUACUAUUACUUUUAAUAUCCCGCGCAUCGCGCGGGUGAGAAUCUAGUCAUAUAAUAAUAACAAAGUUCCGAAUUCGUGGCCCUACAUAAAAAAACAAAUACUCCGUAUUAUAGAAUAUUUGUCAAAGAUUUUUUUUUUUAAAUCAAAAUAUUUGCCAAAUAAUUUAGGAAAAAAUCGAUUAAUGAUGAGCACACCAUCCUAGACUAGCACUGCAUUCCAUACGCGUACGUAGUAUUCGCAGAGUCAAAGACAGGUGCUACAAACCAGUCGUCUGCAGCAUGAGUUCAUCUGAGCUUCUCCAUUUUCACCUCAUUCUGUGGGAGGCUUUGACAACCGGCGCCAUCACCGGAGAACAUUCGCUGCUAUUCUUCGCGGCAUCAUUCACCGGCGAACCCAUCAUUGCCCCUGGACAAAGGUCAUAGACAUCCAUGACUUCAGCCUGACCGUCGCCUGAAUCUGCUUCGUCCCGCAGAAGGGGAACAGAAACUUCAUUUAGGAAGAUGGAAACAAAGAGCGGCGAAGAUAACCCACUAGAUGAACCGCUAUUGGAUGAAAAAAAUUCAAAGGAGUGCAAAAGGGAUAACUCUGUAACCCCAUACUCAAGGGCAGGUCUUUUCAGUGUUCUUACUUUUUCUUGGAUCAGUUCUCUAAUCAAACUUGGCAACAGAAAACCAUUAGACUUUGUUGAUGUUCCUAAGCUUGAUAGUAAAGACAGUAUUUUUGGAGCAUUCCCAGUUUUCAGAAGUAAACUUCUUGAGUCCCAAGGUGACACUGCCACUAGAGUUUCUGCAUUGAACCUUGUCAAGGCAUUAUUCUUGUCUGCCUGGAGAGAUAUUCUUUUGACAGGUUUCCUUUCCUUGACAUACACCUUAGCUUCUUAUGUUGGUCCAUACCUCAUAGGCGAAUUUGUUAGCUGCCUUAAUGGGGAAGGGAAGUUCAGAAAUCAGGGCUAUCUUUUAGCUUCAUCCUUUCUGGUUGCAAAGUUAGUAGAACGCUUUUCAUACAGAUGCAGCUUCUUUAAGCUUAAGCAAAUAGGAAUGAGAAUGCGUGCAGUGAUUGUGACAUUGAUAUAUCACAAGGGCUUAACGGUGACUUCUUCCGGGGAAAACACAAGUGGUCAGAAAAUUAAUCUCAUGACAAUUGAUGCUCAACAGAUUGAGAGUUGUGGCGUCGAAAUUCACGAGCCUUGGGUAGUUCUUCUUCAAAUAAGUUUAGCUUUGUUCAUAUUGUAUAAAAAUCUUGGGCUUGCCUCUCUUGCCACACUUGGUGGAACUUGUAUACUCAUAGCAGUGAAGUAUCCGUUAGGAAAACUAUACGCCAGUUUUGAUGGGAAACUGAUGGAAGCUAAAGAUGAGAGAAUUAAGGCAACUUCUGAGGUUUUGAGAAACAUGAGGAUUAUCAAGCUUCAGGCUUGGGAUAUGAAAUUUCUGUCGAAGAUCAUGGGACUUCGUAAAACCGAAGAACAAUGGUUGAAGAAAGUUCUUUACACUUCUGCCUUUGUAACUUUUGUUUUCUGGUGCGCUCCUAUUUUCGUGUCUGUCACUUCCUUCUCUGCAUGUGUGCUAUUAAAAAUCCCUUUAGACUCGGCAAAGAUCUUAUCAGCACUCGCAACAUUUGGAAUGCUUCAAGAUCCACUGACAAAUAUUCCUUCUUUAAUUUCUACAAUCGCUCAGACAAAAGUCUCCCUUUGUAGAAUAUCAUCUUUCCUUUCUCUUGAUGACUUGCCUAUUGAUGCUGUAGAGGAGAUUCAAAGUUCUGACAUAGCAAUUGAGAUAACAAGGGGCUGCUUUUCUUGGGGCUCUAAUUCUACAACUCUAACAGACAUAAAUUUGAAGGUACUUCGAAAGAUGAGAGUUGCCAUAUGUGGCACUGUUGGUUGUGGCAAGUCUAGCAUGCUAUCUUCCAUUUUAGGAGAAGUUCCAAGAAUCUCAGGCUCGGUUAAAGUGUGCGGGAGAAAGGCGUAUGUUGCUCAGUCACCAUGGAUACAGAGUGGGACAAUUGAAGAGAAUAUCUUAUUUGGUAAAGAAAUGGAUAGGAGUAAGUAUGAGAGCAUAUUGGAGGCAUGUGCCUUGGAGAGGGACCUUGAAAUCUUGCCAUUCGGAGAUCAGACCAUUAUCGGCGAAAGGGGUAUUAAUUUAAGUGGUGGACAAAAACAAAGAUUCCAAAUUGCAAGAGCUCUAUAUCAAGAUGCUGACAUAUAUCUUUUUGAUGAUCCUUUUAGCGCCGUUGAUGCACAUACUGGAUCUCAUUUAUUCAAGGGAGUUUUGCUUGGACUUUUGAGUCAAAAAACUGUUGUCUAUGUGACUCAUCAAGUUGAGUUCUUGCAUGCUGCUGAUCUUAUACUAGUCAUGAAAGAUGGAAGGAUUACACAAGCUGGAACAUAUGAGGACAUUCUCAAGUCAGGGUCUGACUUUAUGGAACUUUUAGGUGCACAUAACCUAGCUUUAUCCGCACUUAAUGAUUCUAAACAUGAAGAGCCAGAUUGUAGUACUACAGAAAGUAUUACCAAUUCUAAUGAGGAUACCUUGAAAGAAGAGUGUCUUAAACCUGAUGAUGAGACAGCUGCUGCUAUGGAGGGAGGGGGACAACUUGUUAAAGAAGAAGAAAGAGGAAAAGGAAAUGUCGGAUUCCCAGUGUACUGGAAAUAUCUAACUAUGGUAUACGGAGGAGCAUUAGUUCCCAUAAUUUUGUUGCUACAUCUUCUUUAUCAGGUCCUUUUGAUUGGUAGUAACUAUUGGAUGGCUGGGGCUGCUCCUACUUCUUCUAAGGAUGCAAAGCAGAUAGGGUACAAUCUCAUAGCUGUUUAUGUUGCUUUCGUUUUCGUCAGUUCUGUUUGCAUUCUGUUUAGGUCCAUACUCCUCGAGACAGCAGGGUAUAAAACCGCAACCAUACUGUUUAAUAAAAUGCAUUCGUGCAUUUUUCGUGCUCCCAUGUCCUUCUUUGAUGCAACCCCAAGUGGACGGAUUCUUAAUAGAUGCUCAACUGACCAAAGCGAAGUAGACGAGAACAUAUCAUACCGGGUUUAUGUAGUUGUUUUCUUAAUGAUCAAUCUUCUGGGCACAAUCACAGUGAUGUCUCAGGCAGCGUGGCAAGUGUUUGUCAUUUUUAUACCCGUGAUAUCUGCAUGCAUCUGGUACCAGGUAAUAUUCUCCUUAUUUGGAUUUUAAAUGAUACUCCAUAAAGUUCAUGACUGAGUAGAGGUCAAUCAACUUGGUCAUGAGGCACUUGGGUCAAACAACACUUAACUAACAUAUUAACUAGUUCAACCUAAUGCCUUGUUAACUCAUCGUUUUAUCUUUAACUUUUGAAUAUGGACUCUAAGGUGCUGUUCUGUUUGUCUUAUUCUUAUUACUUAUUACUUAUUCUUAUUUUAUUCAGAUCAGACCAGAUCAGAUCAGAAAAAUUCAGAUCAGAUCAGAUCAGAAAAAUUCAGAUCAGAUCAGAUCAGAUCAGAAAGAUUCAGAUCAGAUCAGACCAGAUCAGAAACAUUCAGAUCAGAUCAGAAAAAUUCAGAUCAGAUCAGAUCAGAACUUAAAAAAUUCAGAUCAGAAACAUUCAGAUCAGGCGAAGAGAACAUCUUCUUAGUUCUAUACCCACCGAAUCUAUGAAAAUCCCGUACAAGUCUAUAGACCCAUUUAUUAAAUUAUCCAAACACUGAACAUCUUCGUGUAUCCCAAUUCAUUUACGAAACAGUCCAAUAUUUGUGUACAACCCAAAUCUUCCUAAAACAUUAAGUAUACCAAUUGAUCCAUUACCAGUGGAUAAUGGAUCCCCAUACAUUAUAGUGAACAACCCAUCAUCUAACUAUGGAAUCAUAGUUUAUCCAUUGGGUAGUAUGUGAACACAAUACUAUUUAACAUGUUGGGAAGUGGGAACCCGUACUCUAGUAAUAUACAAGUGGGAUUAUCGAAGGGUUAGAUGUAAAUGUGUUAAGACACGUGGUUCCAUCCUAAAAGGUCAACCUGAUAGGAGGAGUAGCCCAAAGUCUUAUAUAGUGUUUAAUUGUUUUAUAGCUUUCCGGUGUGGUACAAAUGCUUCAACACGUCCCCUCAGCCCGAACCGGGCUGGACAAUAUCGGGGUGUAUAAACGGGCCAAACAAACCCUUAACAAGCUACACUUAAUAAUGGGUGCUAAACAAGCCAUCAAACCACAACCGGAAUUGGCUCUGAUACCAUGUUAAGACCCGGAGUUCCAUCCUAAAAGGUCAACCUGUUAGGAGUAGUAGCCCGAAGCUUAAUAUAGCAUUCUAAUGCUUCUCAAUUUUCCGGUGUGGGACAUUUAACACCCCUCCUCAUGACCAGACACUUCGUCGGGAUCGUGUCGUCAUUCAUUUUUUUCAUCGGUCGUCAAUUUUUUUGUUAAGACCCGGGGUUCCAUCCUAAAAGAUCAACCUGUUGGGAGGAGUAGCCCGAAGCUUAAUAUAGCAUUCUAAUGCUUCUCAAUUUUCCGGUGUGGGACAUUUAACACCCCUCCUCAUGACCAGACACUUCGUCGGGAUCGUGUCGUCAUUCAUUUUUUUCAUCGGUCGUCAAUUUUUUUGUUAAGACCCGGGGUUCCAUCCUAAAAGAUCAACCUGUUAGGAGGAGUAGCCCGAAGCUUAAUAUAGCAUUCUAAUGCUUCUCAAUUUUCCGGUGUGGGACAUUUAACACCCCUCCUCACGACCAGACACUUCGUCUGUAUCGUGCCAUCAUUUAUUUUUUUCAUCAGUCCGUUUUUUUCAUUCGGCCGUAAUUGUCUUUUUUUUUUUUUUAUAAUCAAUCAUUUUCAUAAGGGGCCCCCCACCAUGAAUCGAUUUGGCUCUGAUACAAUGUUAAGACACGUGGUUCCAUCCUAAAAUGUAACACCGUCCCCAAGUGUAUUUACUUUUAAGUGAAUAUUGUAUUUAACCUUAUUGAAUGGUUAACGAGUUUAUGAUGUUAUGAAUUUUUAUUAAUUCUUUUGCGGGAAUAGUAAAUUCGCACGUGGGGCCCACACCGGGAGCGGGGACCGCCCCAUAUUCCCGGGACCAUAUAUUUUAUUCAUCUUGGUCUAGAUAAUAUUUAUAUGGCGGUGGAUAUCUCAUUUGAGCAAUGGAAAAGCCCAAAUUCCGGUAUUGGUAAUUUAACCAAUAAAAGCCCGAAAUGGGAUUUCGGAGGCCUAUAAAUUAAAGUUGGGAAAUGUAUAUUCAUUAUAAAGGGUGUAAUGAUUAAGAACACAUAAUAUAUUUUAUUUGACCCGAUAAAAUAAAAUAUAUUUAAAACAGUCCAAAAUAAUACAACUUUCGGGACCGAUUGUACACUUCUGGACAAAAAGGGUUGACCUCCCACAUGGGUGGGGGCCAACCCACGAAUUUGACCACUCAAAUUAAGGAGUUGGCCGGCUGGUAGAGUAGGGAAUCAUGGGAGAUGAUAUUGAGAUGAAGGAAUUGGCAUCAAACAAAAUGGGGUAGACCCACACCCAUGGUUAUUUGCCCAUUAAGACAAAAGAGGAAUUCCUCUCUCCCUCAUUUCUUUCUCUCGGCCAGCACAAACCCCAGCAAGACCAAGAAAAUCCCCAUCCUCCUUUUCCCAUCCUUGAAGAGAGCUCAAGCAAUAGAAGUCCAAGGGGAAAGAUUAAAGGGAGAAAAAGCUAGGAAAAGUGAGAAAGAUUAAGGAACUUGAUUAGAGCAUUUUCGAGCUUCGCCGGAGUUGGUCAAAGUUCGCCGAAGUUGGUCAAAGUUCACCGGAAUUAGUCAAAGUUCGAUCGGGGAGCGUAGAACACGCUUAAGCUCACUUAAGAAUUAUUACAUACCUUGUGCAAGAGAACUUUCACGGCUGGUUGGAACCUGCAAUGCUCCGGUUAUCCAGCAUUUUUCUGAAACGAUUUCAGGAGCAGUCACCAUUAGAAGUUUUGAUCAACAGUCCAGAUUUCAAAAUUCAAAUAUGAAGUUGAAUGACGCAUAUUCUCAGUUGAAGUUCCAUAGUGCUGGUGCGGUCGAAUGGCUUGGUCUUCGCUUAGACAUGCUUUCUUGCAUCACUUUUGCCUUUUGUUUAUUUUUCCUAGUCGGUUUCUCCGAUGGAAUCAAUCCAGCCAUUGCUGGUUUGGCUGUGACUUAUGGACUUAACCUAAAUACGGCUCAAGCGAAGGUGAUAUGGAACAUUUGCAAUCUAGAGUAUGCGAUGAUAUCAGUAGAGAGGAUACUUCAAUUUGUGUCUAUCCCUAGUGAGGCCCCUCUUAUAAUAUAUGAUGUAAAUCAACCAGAACCUUCAUGGCCAUCUCAUGGAGAAGUUGUUAUAGCCAAUCUACAGGUGCGUUAUGCCCCUCACUUGCCGCUAGUGCUGUGGGGUCUCACGUGCACUUUUCCGGGAGGGAAGAAAACUGGUAUUGUAGGUCGAACUGGUAGUGGAAAGUCAACACUCAUACAAACUCUAUUCCGAAUAGUGGAACUUGCAAACGGACAUGUUGUGAUUGAUGGUAUCAACACUUCGGUGAUCGGUUUGCACGAUCUCAGAUCGAGACUAAGCAUCAUUCCCCAAGAUCCUACCAUGUUUCAAGGUACAAUCAGGAGCAACUUGGACCCUCUUGAGUCCUACACUGACGUGGAAAUUUGGGAGGUUCUUGAUAAAUGCCAACUUGGUUACGAAAUCAGGAAGAAGGACAAUGACUUAGAUUCCAUAGUUACGGAAAACGGAGAGAACUGGAGUAUGGGUCAGAAACAACUUAUCUGUAUAGCGCGGGUGCUACUAAAGAAGAGUAAGGUGUUGGUCCUUGAUGAAGCUACUGCAUCGGUUGAUACUGCCACCGAUAACUUGAUUCAGCAAACCAUUAGGAAUCACUUUUCCGACUCCACUGUUAUAACAAUUGCACAUAGAAUAACUUCCAUUCUUAACUAUGAUGGGGUUCUACUUUUGAGUAAUGGGCUUAUUGAGGAAUAUGACUCUCCUGACAGACUAUUAGCAAACAAGUCAUCCUCAUUUGCCAAGCUUGUUAACGAAUACACCGAAAGGUCAAAACAUCGGCUUGUGAAAGGCUGAUGCCUGAUGGAAUUGACUUGCGGAACUCCAACAACUGAUGUGUAAAUUGAACAAGCAACAUUCUUAGUUAUUAUAGAGCUAUUUUUUUAUAUUAUAGAGCUAUAGUUAUGGUAUACUAAUGAAGCAAUUUAGUUUUAGUAUGUGAUGAAAUAAAGUCCUUGCAGUUGUUUCAAUGAUUAUACAUACCGAGUAUCAUGUUAUAUUUUUUCUUGAUAAAAAAAUGGUGAAUGUGUUCUGUUACUUGUAAUGGCAUUGUUAUCACAUAUUCUCCUA